UUUUUUCACUUCCACGUUCAGUUUUUCAGUCCGUUGAUCGUGUUCGUUCCCAAAUCUGUCUCUCGCUGGUGAUCUUCAACUGAACAAACUCAUCAAUACAACCCCGAAAAAGAAGAAUAUAAAUAUCAGGGUUUAUCUCUUCGAACUCCUGUGUUUCAAUUCCUCAAAAUAGCAUCGUUUUGCACCAUUGGAUUCUCCUUUAACGCGCAGGGUUUAUUGCAAUGCACCGGGUGGGUAGUGCAGGGAACACUUCUAAUUCUGUUCGUCCUCGUAAGGAGAAACGACUGACAUAUGUGCUGAAUGAUGCUGACGAUACCAAGCAUUGUGCAGGCGUAAACUGUUUGUCUCUAUUAAAGUCAUCUGUCACUGAAGGGUGUGAUUACCUCUUCUCUGGAAGCCGUGAUGGUACACUAAAGAGAUGGUCAUUGGGCGAAGAUGCUGCUACAUGUUCUGCUACAUUUGAGUCACAUGUUGACUGGGUAAAUGAUUGUAUCCUUGCUGGCGAGAAUACACUUGUUUCUUGUUCUUCGGAUACCACCCUCAAGACAUGGGAUUGCUUGUCUGAUGGAGCUUGGACGAGGACCUUCCGUCAACAUUCUGACUAUGUUACUUGUCUGGCUUCUGCAGAAAAAAAUAGCAAUAUUGUUGCCUCGGGUGGUCUUGGUGGGGAGGUUUUUGUAUGGGAUAUUGAAGCUGCAUUAGCACCCCUUUCCAAGUCAAGUGAUGCAACAGAAGAUGAAUGUUCAAAUGGUGUCAAUGGUUCUGGGCAUCCAUUACCUGUGACGAGUUUACGAACUAUUAGCUCAAGCAACAACAUUUCUGUGCAUCCGUCUCAACCUCAUGGGUAUGUCCCGAUAUCUGCCAAGGGCCAUAAAGAGUCAGUUUAUGCAUUGGCAAUGAAUGAUAGUGGAACCAUUCUCGUCUCUGGUGGAACUGAGAAGGUUGUGCGUGUUUGGGACCCAAGAACUGGUUCAAAGACUAUGAAGCUAAGGGGGCAUACAGAUAACAUCAGGGCUCUGCUUCUGGACUCUACUGGCAGGUUUUGUUUAUCAGGAUCUUCAGAUUCUAUGAUCAGACUCUGGGACCUGGGUCAGCAGCGAUGUGUGCAUUCUUAUGCUGUGCAUACUGAUUCUGUUUGGGCACUUGCAAGCACCCCAACAUUUAGUCAUGUUUAUAGUGGAGGGAGAGAUCUCUCUUUAUACUUGACAGACUUGGCAACAAGGGAGAGUCUUUUGCUUUGCACAAAGGAACAUCCCAUUCUGCAGUUGGCAUUACAUGAUGAUAAUAUAUGGGUUGCAACAACUGAUUCUUCAGUUCAUAGAUGGCCUGCUGAUGGACGGAAUCCUCAGAAAGUCUUUCAGAGAGGUGGUUCGUUCUUGGCUGGAAACUUGUCUUUUUCAAGAGCAAGGGUGUCCUUAGAAGGAUCUACUCCAGUUCCUGUCUAUAAAGAACCAACCUUUACCAUUGCUGGAACUCCUGCAAUUGUGCAGCAUGAAAUUUUAAACAACAGAAGGCAUGUCUUGACUAAGGAUACUGCUGGCUCAGUGAAGCUAUGGGAGAUCACUAGGGGCAUUGUUGUUGAAGACUAUGGAAAGGUUUCAUUUGAGGAGAAAAAAGAAAAAUUAUUUGAGAUGGUAAGCAUCCCUGCAUGGUUCACUGUGGACACUAGGCUUGGAUGCUUGUCCAUACAUUUGGAUACACCUCAAUGCUUCUCAGCUGAGAUGUAUUCAGCUGACCUCAACAUUACUGGAAAACCUGAGGAUGAUAAGGUUAACCUAGCCCGUGAAACACUUAAAGGUCUAUUGGCUCAUUGGUUGAUAAGAAGAAAGCAAAGAUCUGGAAGCCAAGCAUCAGCCAAUGGGGAUGUUCCCUCUGGAAAGGACACUGCCACCAGAAGUCAUACCCAUUCAAGAAUUGAUAUGGAUGGCAAUGCUGACAAUGACUCCAUUGUAUAUCCACCUUUUGAAUUUUCAACUGUUUCGCCUCCUUCAAUUAUUACCGAGGGCUCUCAAGGAGGCCCGUGGAGAAAAAAAAUAACCGAAUUAGAUGGGACCGAAGACGAGAAGGACUUUCCUUGGUGGUGUCUAGAGUGUGUAUUGAAUAAUCGCUUACCUCCUAGAGAAAAUACCAAGUGCAGCUUCUACCUGCAUCCAUGUGAAGGUUCAACUGUCCAGAUCCUCACACAGGGAAAACUAAGUGCACCUCGGAUAUUGAGAAUACACAAAGUCAUUAAUUAUGUCAUAGAAAAAAUGGUCCUAGACAAACCACUGGAAAGCGGAACCUCUGAGGGAACCUUUGCUCCUGGAGGGCAACUACAGCAUCCAGUGGUUGGAGAUGCCUCUUUCCGGUCUGGGUUGAAGCCUUGGCAAAAGAUUAGGCCUGCUAUUGAGAUACUAUGCAAUAAUCAGGUCUUAUCACCGGACAUGAGCUUAGCCACUGUGCGGGCAUAUAUAUGGAAGAAAUCUGAGGACCUGGUUCUUAAUUACAGAAUGGGCCAGGGCAGGUGACUAGUACGGCUUUUGGGAGGAGGCUGCAGGUCGGAUUUAGAACAUAAAUAGGCCCUGUAAUGUAAUAUACUGCAAGGUAGGCUGAUCUUUCUGGGGUUGCCUGUUGUCAUCAAAGUACCUGUUGGGUCCUUGUUAUUUGUCCAAAUUAUCGAUCGGUAUCUUGGGCCAUUCCGAACUUUGCCCAUAAUGUUGAUCCCGUCUACCUUCUUCAUAGUUGGGCAGGUGCUUUUAUGGAUUUUGAGCCGUGUAGCUGACAUGGAAGCUUUUGCUGGAAAUUGCAACAAAAUUUUUGGGUUGGUCUGCUUUCAGGGGUUUGCGACUUUUGGGGAAGUCGGGGAGAAUAUUUUGGAUACAGUUUGAGGGUCUUUGAAGGUAUAUGAUGUCGAAAAGCUUUGUAGAUUUUGUAUUGUGGGUAUCAUACCUAGCCAUAGGAACUCUUCUACGAAGGUAAUUUUUUUAAUUAUUUCUUUUGGAAAUAAUACAAUUCCAAGCAGUUUUCUAUUUAUUCCCCCUUCUUUCA